UAAACUCGUUCGGUAUUUUAUCCGUGUAUAGUCAAGAUUCGUGCCUCCAGGGAAGAUGAACCAGAUAAUGUAGCUAGCUACUCGAAAACCCUUUUAUAACUACCAGUUUAACGUGCAAUGACCGCCUUAGACAUCUGAUAUAAAAGAGGGGCUAUUGCCCUAUGUGUGCUAGUGCUAAUCGAAUUCCGCCACCGUUUGUUCGAAAGGCUCUGGGACUUGAAAUUCACACAGGGCCAGCCCCUCAUUCCUCCAAUGCGGCUCCCUAUUUGUAUAACUGGGGUAAAAAAAAACAAUUGGAGAUUUCGGUAGUCUCGAUGGCCUAAACCUGGCUUUCAUAUAGUACUGGUAGCCAAUGUGAAAUAAGGGGGCCAUGGGCCAGUAACGACGAAAGGUUCCCUA